GGCGUGGUGUGGUCACAAAAAAUUGCUUACCUGAUGAUCUCCAACCAUAUACAUUGACACCUAUGAGAAAUAGGAACUCUAUGAAUAGUAGAGGGCCUCUGUAUAACCUGAAGGCAACUUUCAAAUUUUCUGUGGAUCCUUCAUGGAAUAUGGCUGUAACAGCAAUGUCAGUUAUGCACUAUCUGAAGAUUACAAGGAUGUUGAAGAUAUUGAAGAAGCAGUGCAGUAGCAGCUACUAG